GAUGAGAUAGCGGAAACACUUGUCUGUGGAAUAGCCAUUCGCCAUCUUUCGUUCUCAGAGAAGGGAGAGGAUUCUCCCAAGUAGACGGACAGGUGGCUGUUCUCUACUCAACAGGACUUUCCAAACGUCACCGCCCGCCGGGCAGGGAGUGUGUGUUUGGUCGGGGAGGAGCCACCCUUUGCUCGGGUCUGGCACGGUGAGUCCUUUGCUCAAGGGCACUUGGGGGAAAAGGAAAACGGAAGCGAAUGCUCUCCCCCUGAGUCGGACAGCGACGUUCCAACAACGACAACGGGGAUUUUGUCUCCCUUGCAGGAUCCUGCCUCAAAAUUCAGAUUUCUUUCCCACAGCCGCCUUGAAACACCCCUUGUCAGCUAAAAUGUGAAGGGCGUGAAAGCUCGUGACUCGGGACUUCCCAGGCCGGGCGUGAAGAGAAACUGCCACGGACGCUGCUGCCAACAGGGAGGAUGCACCCUUGCCUGGUGAAUGCGGGCAGCUUCCGGCCCGCCAGAGUAGUAAGACCGCAGGGGCAGGUGGAGAGUGAAACUAAGAAGACACCUUUCUAGAGAUGUGAAACCCCAGAACCCCAGGAUGAAGUGACCUCUGCACCCUUUCUAGAAUAAAUCUGACUUCUUGUGGGUCCCCAAGAACUCUUUCCUCUGGGAAUUUGUGGCUGGGUAUGAAAAACAGCGAAUAAUGAUAAACAGUGAACUUCAUUCCCUCGUGCGUAGAUUGUGGUAUUUAUUUGUCUUUGACCAGCGCCUGGUGACAGACGCAGAGGACUUUAAUCACCAACUCAGCUUAGGAGGAAGCCAAGACUGAAGGUUUUCUCUCUCUCAGCAUUUUGGAAAUUUUAGUGGUCAGAUGCCAGGAAUGCAGAUGCAAAUGGGACAGCCAGUGCCAGGAACAGGGCCAAACGUGCUCCCUGGUGGAUAUUCUGGGUACCCAGCAUAUUCAGACAGUUAUUCCUCAGCGGGAGACCCCAUGUGGACUUACUUCACUGCUGUUGCUGGACAGGAUGGUGAAGUGGAUGCUGAAGAACUCCAGAAAUGUUUGACACAGUCUGGAAUCAGUGGAACUUAUUCUCCCUUCAGUUUGGAAACCUGCAGAAUUAUGAUUGCCAUGUUGGAUAGAGAUUACACAGGAAAGAUGGGAUUUAAUGAAUUCAAAGAACUUUGGGCAGCUCUUAAUGCCUGGAAGCAAAACUUCAUAACUAUUGAUCAAGAUCAGAGUGGCACAGUAGAGCAUCAUGAAUUGAAUCAAGCUAUUGCUGCCAUGGGUUAUAGAUUGAGUCCUCAAACAUUAACUGCUAUUGUUAGACGUUAUAGCAAGAAUGGCAGAAUCUUCUUUGAUGAUUAUAUUGCUUGCUGUGUGAAGCUUCGAGCAUUGACAGAUUUCUUUAGGAGAAGAGACCACUUGCAACAAGGGGUUGUGAAUUUCAUAUAUGAUGAUUUUUUGCAGGGCACUAUGGCAAUUUGAAUAUUUAGAAUUUGAAAGGUGAAGAAAUACUGUGAAUUUUUCUGCUUGGAAGAGACAAACUGGAUCACUUUGAAUUAACACUUUUGGAGCUUUUCCAUAUUCCUACUUGUUAAAUCUUUUCCCUUUCUAUGUGUUUUUGCUUUAGCACACAGUUCAGAGCAAUAAAAGAGAUGUUUUUGUAUUUGGGAUAUUAUUGCUUUUGGAAAAGUUAUCACUCUACAGCUAUCUGCAUAAUGUCAUAAAAUAUUGGUAUGAUUAAUUUAUAUAAAUAUCUCUUAGCCUUAAUUUUUGAUAAUAUACACCUAGAGGAAUGUACUUACGAGAUAGAUUAUAUAAGAAGCCAAAUGAUCAAAGCCUAGAUAAAACUAAUUUAUACUUAUCUGAAAGUUACAAAUUAUACAUUGAAAUUUUGUUUGUAGUUGUUGGUGUUUCAGGGUGAACUAGAAGGAGAAUCCUGGAUUUUGUGCCAUAUUCAUAAUAGGGUUUGUUCUUUGAUCACAUAAUCAGAUAACAGAAUCUUCAUGGGUCUUUGUGUUGAAGAAAAUUGUAGUUCCUAAAAUUUUAUUUUAAAUUGCCUUAGGUGGACCAUAAAAUAAUCAAUAAUGAAAUAAGACUAUAGGAGGCAAUAUCUUUUCUUUUUUGCAUUUUAUAUUUUUCUUCAAUAUGUUUUGUUGUCUCCUAUGGAAAAAAGGUUCUUAAUAAACAACUUUUCUCUCUGCACUUUAUUUUGUUAGUGAAGACAUAGAAAACCUGAAAUGGCAUCUUUCUCUAAAUCUAGAUUUUUCUGGAAAUGACAAAUUUUUAAUGAAAAGUCAACAUUUAAAUUUGUUCUGUUAAGCUGCAUUGUUGUGUAUACAUAAUGCCAACUGUUUACAAAGUUAAAAAAAAGUAGAUAAUCUACCACUCUGUUUAAAUUUUCAGAAAUUACAAAUGUGACUUUCUUGACAUUAGCUGGUGGUUUUGGCAUUAGUAAACCAGUAAGUCUUUUAAAAUUCUUUUGAGCACAUCUGUGUAAUGUGGGGUACUGCACACGGUAGGCACCAUGGUGACAUUUCUGAGUGAUAUUGCUAUGGAAAUUGCAAAGUGGAGUCACCAGAUCCUUAGCAUUUAAAAUCCCUAGUUAUAAGCUGUUAUAAUUAAUCCAGCCCCUUUCUUGGGAGACACCCUAAGUUUUUCUUAAUGAUGAUUUAAUAAACCACAUAUUUUUCUUA